AUGACGCAAGUAGAUCAGGGUCCGAUGCAUAAUGGCUCUGGUCACAGGGAUAACUUCGGAGUCGGGAAUGAACAGCACAUAGAGGUGAACAAUGCAGCGAGCCUCGAGGCGAGUAACUUCGAUGCCGCUAGGAGAACCGUAUUCGUCGUUCAUGGUUGGAUUCACGACAUUAACGAAGAAUGGGCGCAGCAGCUAAUCACCCAGUUGUUGUCACAGGAGGACUACAACGUCAUCGGCGUCGACUGGAGGGAGGGUGCUUCGAAGAUGUACAGUCAAUCUACGGCCAACGCGCGGGUAGUCGGUGCCCAGAUCGCGCAGAUGCUUGACUGGCUCGGGCAGGAGGCGGAGAUCAGUAACAGUAAAGUGCAUAUCAUCGGUCACAGCUUGGGAGCUCACAUCGCCGGCUACGCUGGAGAACGUGUGGACGGUCUGCGGCGAAUCAGCGGUUUGGAUCCAGUGGGUCCCUACUUUGAAAACACCGAUCCCGUAGUGAGACUGGAUCCGACAGAUGCGGAUUUCGUUGACGUCAUUCACACUGAUAUGCUGCCCAUCUACUUUCUGGGCCUGGGAAUCAAGAUGGCGGUCGGCCAUGUUGACUUCUAUCCCAACGGAGGGCUUAACCAGCCAGGCUGCGGCAACCUUUUCGAUACAUUCUGGGGCACAAUUUGGGAACUUAUCACGUUGGAUCUUCUAGGUGCUCUGAUGGCAUUCUCGUGCAAUCACGUGCGCUCGGCCGACUUCUACACUGAUUCCAUCAACGCUAUCGACCUGUGUCCGUACGCUAGCUAUGUGUGCGGCUCAUACGAUGACUACGAUGACGGCCUGUGCUCCACGUGCGAGCGUGAACUCUGUUCCAGCAUGGGUUAUCACUCGGAAAGCUACACCAGAGGGCGCGGCAGUCUGUAUCUGAGCACGGGAGAAAAUCCCAUAGGCAAUGUCGAUCUGGAACCAGAUUCACCCGUUUACAUCGAAUUUCGUAUCCGGCCAAUAAAGAAGCUAGGUGUGUUAAUCAAAAUGGACUUAGAAUUCGAUGACAACAGCUUCAAUUCCUGGUUGUUUCCCGAUACCUGGUUUGUGGACAAGGUCAUAAUUCGAGAGGGUCUUCCCGAAGAAGUGUACACAUUCUGUGGGCAUGACCAACCGGCAAAGAGUAAGAAAACCAUCACAGUCUACACAUGCUGA